GGCAUCGAGCCGGCUCGUUGUCAUUACUGGCAUCUCGUAUUCGACGCGUGGUCGUUCACGGCUAGCAGGACGUAGUGUUGCGGGAGUCUCUUUCGGUCCUUAACGAAAGGGUUCACCAUGAAGAGGUCGUGGUUGUUGUUCGUCGUUGUACUCUGCCUUUCUUGGGAUCCGCGCUACACGAGGGCAGAUACAGCGAACUUCGAUCCUACUCGGGUGGAAGAUGACAUCGGUAAGAUGGCCGAGGGGGGUAGGACCGAUGCCGAGGUUGUCGGACGGGAGGAAGAAGCCAUCAAGAUCGAUUCCUUAUCUGUCUCUCAACUGAAAGAAAUACGCGACAAAGCCGAGAAACAGGUUUUCCAGGCUGAAGUCGCCCGUAUGAUGAAACUCAUCAUAAACUCCCUCUAUCGCAACAAAGAAGUGUUCUUGAGGGAACUCAUCUCGAACGCAUCGGACGCUCUCGACAAAAUCCGUCUCCUGUCGUUGACAAAUCCUGAUGCAUUGAAAGCGCUACAAGAACUCAGUAUUCGAAUUAUGGCGGAUAAGGAGAAUAACGUUCUCCACAUAACGGAUACUGGAAUCGGAAUGACGAAAGAAGAUCUCGUCAAAAACCUCGGGACCAUAGCUAAGUCGGGAACCGCGGAGUUCUUGCAAAAGGUCAACGAUGGGGAAGGCAGUAAAGAUUUGAAUGAUCUCAUCGGACAGUUCGGAGUCGGAUUCUACUCCGCUUUCCUGGUGGCCGACCGUGUCGCCGUAGCCUCGAAGAACAACGAUGACGACGUACAACACGUCUGGGAAUCAAAUGCUUCCGAGUUCACCGUCGCAGACGAUCCCCGAGGGAACACCCUGAAGCGAGGAACUACAGUCUCGCUUUACAUGAAGGACGAGGCCAAAGAUUUCCUGGAGCACGACACCCUCAAAAAACUCAUCGAGAAAUACUCUCAAUUCAUCAAUUUCAAUAUUUACCUCUGGUCUUCGAAGACCGUGACCGAGGAAGUGCCUGAGGAAGAGCCCGAACCCAAGGACACCACCGAAGCCCCAUCGACUGAUGAAGACGACGAGGCGAAGGUCGAGGAGGAGAAAGAAGCCCCCAAAAUGAAGAAGGUUGAGAAGACCAUCUGGGAUUGGGAUCUCAUCAACUCGGCAAAACCCAUCUGGACCCGGAAGGAGAAGGACGUCGCCGAUGAAGAGUAUAACGAGUUCUACAAGGCGGUCACCCGUGACAGUCAGAACCCAUUGGCUCGCACGCACUUCACGGCCGAAGGCGAACUGACCUUCAAGAGCCUGCUCUUCGUUCCGGUGAAGCAGCCGCAAGAUUCCUUCAAUAAGUACGGUCAACGCACCGACCAUAUCAAGCUGUACGUGAGGCGAGUCUUCAUCACCGACGAUUUCCAGGACAUGUUGCCGAACUACCUCUCGUUCCUCCGAGGCGUGGUCGACUCCGACGAUUUGCCACUGAACGUUUCCCGUGAAAAUCUCCAACAGCACAAACUUCUGAAGGUUAUCAAGAAGAAAUUAGUCCGGAAAGCUCUGGAGAUGUUCAGGAAAAUCUCCGAAGAGGAUUUCGCCAAAUUCUGGAAAGAAUAUUCGACCAACAUCAAGCUCGGAGUGAUCGAGGAUUCUGCAAACCGCUCUCGUUUGGCUAAGCUGCUCCGAUUCCCUUCGUCGAUCGAUGCCUCCGCCGACAAACUCGUUUCGCUCAGCGACUACGUCCAACGAAUGAAGGAGAAGCAGAGCGCUAUCUAUUACAUCGCCGGAGGGAGCAUGGAUGAGGUGAAGAAAUCUCCUUUCGUCGAGCGUCUCCUCAAACGAGGCUACGAAGUCCUCUUCCUGACGGAAGCCGUCGACGAGUACGCCAUCUCGUCUCUCACGGAGUUCGAAGGCAAGAAAUUCCAGAACGUUGCCAAGGAGGGUCUUUCGAUCGAUGAGAACAAGGAAAUUCGCGAGGCUCUCGAAAAGGAGUUCGAACCCCUCACCAAAUGGCUGACCGAGACCGCUCUCAAGGACAAGAUCUCGAAAGCCAUCAUCUCCGAGCGUCUUGUCGAGACUCCCAUGGCUCUAGUCGCGUCCCAGUUCGGCUGGACGGGCAACAUGGAACGCAUCGUUUCAGCUCAAACCCACAUGAAAGAAAAUGAUCCGCAGCGGCAAUUCUACAUGUCUCAGAAGAAAACUCUGGAAGUGAAUCCCCGCCAUCCCCUGAUCAAAGAGCUGCUUCGUAGAGUCGAUGAUUCGCCUUCGGAUGAGAUGGCGAAAUAUUUCACCGAGAUGAUGUUCGACAGCGCCACCCUCCGCUCAGGAUUCCAAUUGUCCGACAACGCCCGAUUCGCCACCAACAUCGAAAAGAUGCUCCGAAACAUGCUGGGAGUUUCGGAAGAGGCUCAAGUCGACGCAGAGCCGGAGGAGGCCGAAUUGCCUCAAGUCUCAAAAGAGGACCAGGAGGAAGACAUCGAAUCCGAGGAACCUCACGACGAGCUCUGAACAACAUCGGCAUCUACAACGAAAAAGAAUCCCGACAGUCAUCUCGACGGAUAUCCUGAAUAUCAUACCCGGUAACAUCCAUCAGUCGCCUUUUUCACUGGACGUCGUGGCCAUAUAGACUGUAUAUUUAGAGACACAAUCAAAGGGUCGAGUCAAGGCGAGAACGCGUGUGAAGAAGAAGUUUCCAUGAAGCUUGGUUUCCUUGAUUCUUCUAUUUCUCUGAUGACCUAGUCCCAGGCGGUCAGUCUUCUGCGAAAAACACCGCCGGACGAGGUCGUUGUACAAAACCGGGGUCUAGAUUUUGAAUAUCGAUUGAGAGCAAACGGAGAGAAGUUCAGCAAAUAAAUGACUGGAGCUACAACGAGAAAGUGGUCGCAGUGUUCGCUGGCGACUUCGGGUCAACAAGUUUUAUCAAAAA